AUGGUGGUGGGCAGAGUGGUUGCGGUGGUGGUGGGCGUGGUGACGCUGGUCGCCUCGGUCGUCUUUGGACUGCUGGCUCUGGUCGAGUCGGCCGUCCUGGCUGCCGUCAAGGCGGUGUGGCUCUCUCGAAGAGUCCGUGAUCUGCUCUCGCUGCUGGACGAGGCGAGGAACUACGGUGAGUAUGCCCUGCUUGCCCGCGAGCUCGAUCGGCUGACAGGAAGGGAGGCGUGGAAGAAGGACGAUGGCGAUGACACUCUGUACGAUGCGCCCGGUGUGGCCAAGCGGACCGCCGCCCUCGCCCAGGCUCGGGCCGAUGGCGAUUGGAUGGCCCUCGUCUCGCUCCUCCGCAAGGGCACUCUCCGCAACGUGGGCGGAAUAGGCAAUCCGCAGCUCUAUGCACACACCUAUGUCGGGACAAAGCGAGUGGUCGAGGCCUACGUCCGCGAGGUCGUUGCCGGCCUCCGCGCCCUGGCCGUCAUCAAGCCUGAAAGCCCAGUCGCGCUGGCUGAGGCAGCCGAUGCCAGCGCUGGCGAUGGCAGCGUUGCCAUGGCAAGCUUCCCGUUGGCUGGUGGGCUCGCCCUACCGACCGGCGGUGUCAUCACGUCGUCGAUCUCCAACUUUGCGCUCUCGACCGUACUGCACGGCGGGCUAGCGCCCGGAGAACUGGCAUCGUUCGGCGAAGACACCGACUUGGAGAGUAUUGGUGUGGGGCGGGGGCUUGCAGACCGGAAGGCGCGCGGCAAUCCCUUCGCCAGCCAUCAGGACAAGUUCAACUUUUUCUACGAGGUCAGGCAAUCGUACGGCCGGUCGUCACUGCUGCUCUCGGGUGGGGCCUCGAACGGCAUGUACCAUCUGGGCAUCAUCAAGACGCUGUUUGAGGCACAGCUUCUUCCGCGAGUCAUCUCGGGCUCAUCAGCAGGCGCUCUGGUGGCGGCUAUGGUGGCAGUGCGGACCGACGACGAGCUGCCGGGCCUCUUUCUCCCGCACGCCAUCAACCUCAACGCGUUCGACUCGCUCGGCCCCGGUGGCACGUUCCGCAAGAUCAAGCGGCUGGUGACGCAGGGCGUGCUGAUGGACAUCACCAAGCUUGAGGCGUGCCUCCGCGACAACAUCGGCGAUGUCACGUUUGUAGAGGCGUACCGGCGGACGGGAAGGAUCCUCAACAUCACGGUCUCGUCGACGCAGACAAAGCACCGAUCGCGGCUGCUCAACUACCUGUCUGCGCCGUCGGUGCUGAUCUGGUCGGCCGCGCUAGCCUCAUGUGCUAUCCCAUAUGUGUACGCGCCAGUGGAGAUUGUGGAAGUCUCGCCCGACGGACAGACAAUGCCGUGGGAGCCGUCGGGCGAGCUGUGGAUGGACGGCUCGAUCUACCACGACUUGCCAAUGGCGCGGCUCUCGGAGCUGUUCAACGUCAAUUCGUUCAUUGUCUCGCAGGUCAAUCCGCAUGUGGUCCCGUUCCUCUCUGCACCGCGGCUGCGCACGACGCGGCUGCCGUCGCGGUUCCUGGCGGCCCUCGGCUACGUGGUCACAUCCGAGGUCCGGCACCGGCUGUCGCAGCUCGCGCGGCUGCGGCUCCUUCCUGCGGUCCUUGCCCAGGUUAUUCCGCUGCUGGAGCAGACGUACAAGGGUCACAUCACCUUUAUCCCUCAGCUUGGACUCUCCGACUACCUGUACGUCAUCUCCAAUCCGACGCAGGACCUCAUAUCCAAUGCCAUCGACCGCGGACAGCGGACGGCGUGGGAAAAGUUGGAUCGGCUCGAGGCGUCGACCCGGAUUGAGCGCGAGCUCGAGGCGCUGGUCCAGGCUCUGCGGCGCGAGAUCAACUCGGCGACGGCGGCGGCGGUGCUGUCGGCAUCGGCGCCGGCGACUCCACGGGGCAGUUAACUGUUGCACACGUCACCAGCACAUGUAGCCGUGUCCUUCCACGCGCCGGCCAAUCGGCGCGGCAUCGGCGCAGCAGCUAAACCAGGCCGGCGGCGAGCAUGGAGGCCGACUCGUUGUUGAUGGCAUCGUCGAGGGCGAGGCCCAUAGAGGACUCGAUCUCUGAGCAGAGCCGCUUCUUAAAAAGCGCAAUGAGA